CCCCUCUCAGAUCUCACCUUCACGAAUUUUCCCCCAAAAUUUUCUCUCUCUUGCUCUCGCCGUUAGGGUUUCAUUGCAAUUUUUUUUCCCACCAAUCGAAACCCGCCGAUCUAUCUCUGUUCGCAAAUUUUAUCAAAGAUUUGAUUUUCCCACCUUCAGAUCUUCAAACCCUUUUCAUUAAUUUGUAAAUCUCCGAUUAGGGUUUUCUCAAAUCGCAGUUUUCUUUAGGUUUUAGAGAGAGAAAAUCACAUAAAGGGGCAAGUUCUUGUUUGGAUUUCCGGGUAAAAAGAAAAAAAAAGAAAAGAAAAUGUCUCGCUGUUUUCCGUUUACGCCACGUGGCUCUGCUGGGAAGUGUUCAGCAAGCAAUAACGAUGCCUUGAUCGAUUCGAUUAAGCUCCUAAGAGAAAAGGAGAAGGCCAUUUCAAACAGAGAAAGAGAUGUGGUGGUCAAAUCAUCAGACAAGAAAAAGGACAGAAAAGAGAAGGCCAUUUCAGACAGAGAACUAGAGGUGGGCAAAUCAUCUGGCAAGAAGAAAGAUAAAAAGGAGAAGAAAGAGAAAAAGAGAGAGAAGAAGGAGAAGAAAGUCAAAUCUCUUGUUGAUGAGAAGCAUAAAUCUGUGGACAAACUCUACAAAGAUGAUAAUUGUCUACAAGAUCCCAAAGGUAAAUGUAGUUUGCGGAACCAUGAAACUGAGGUACUGGAGAGGAGCAGUCUUACUGAAGAGCAUGGUAGGCCCCUCGAUUCGCAAAAUGUUUCUUGCUCUUCAGACAGUACAAGUAACAGCAGCAAGAGGAAAAGGCAUUUAUCAUCACCUGGUGGCAUUCAGAGUCAAGGCAGCAUUAUUCGAAUUCGCUUGUCAUCCUCUCAUAAAAGAGAUGAACCUAGUACUUUUGGCAGCAAAGAGCAGUCAGUCAUUCUGCCUGUUCAGAAGAAAGAAGAUCCUAGCCCAUCAUACAGUACAGAGCAGCCUUGUCCAAAUCUUGUAAGGACAGAGUCAUCUGUCAAACUGAAAGAUGUUUCUGAAGUCAAAGAUCUUCCUCGCUCUGCUCUAACAAGUACAAGUAGUGCUACACUGCAGGCGGUCUCAAUAAAGGGUAAAGAAGUACUUCUGCAAGACAAGAAGACUGAGUGUAGCAUUUCAGGAAGGGAAGAUGUCUUACCUCAGGACAUGAUAUUGAGUAGAGAACCGUUAAAGAAACUCUCAUCUCAUGACAAGAAGAUGCAGAAAAAAGUAGCCUUGUAUAACAACUUGUUUGAGAAUUUGCUCCAACCUAUGUUAGAGGAUGGCAAAGAUGACGAGGACUGGCUGUUUGGUAGUAGAAUGAGCGAGGAGAAGCCAGCGAAAAGAUUGAAAAGCAGUGAUGAUCUUGAAUGUUGUAUGGACAGUCUUCCAUGCUCGUCAUCUGCUGUAUUGCAGCCUCGAGCACAUUUCUUGUCUGAUGUUGGAGUUUACGCGUUGCCCUACACAGUUCCAUUUUAAACUGAGUGAGCUGGAAGGUCAUGCUGGAAUUAUUCAGUCCUCGUCCAAGCAAUGGUUUUUGGUUACUCUAUCUUUCUUGUGUGUGGGGCUGUUGGUGGCAAUGAAGUUUGUCUGCUAUGGUAGUGGCGGAGCUUGUGAAGAUGCAGAUUAGACCCUCAUUGAGUUACAAUGAUAGGGUUUUGGUAACUGGUGGGGAUGGUGGAACUUUGGGUGUGGAGUACUUGUGUAGGGUCUGUCUGUGUGCUCUGCUUUUGCUGUUCUUUUAUUUUUGAGAGAACUCCUUUGUGGCGUUCUUGAAGUGUAUAUACUGUGGAACGUCUUUGUCCAUUUGGACGACUAAUACAAUAUUCAUUGACAUA